AUGGGCUGCGGCGGGAGCCGGGCGGAUGCCAUCGAGCCGCGUUACUACGAGAGCUGGACUCGGGAGACGGAGUCCACCUGGCUCACCUACACCGACUCGGACGCGCCGCCCAGCAACGCCGCCCAGGACAGCGGCCCCGAGGCGGGCGGCCUGCACGCGGGUGUGCUGGAAGAUGGCGUGACUUCCAGUGGCGUGACCUCCAACGGCGUGCCCCGAUCGACAGCCCCGAGUGGAAUAUCCAACCCAGAGAAGAAGAUGAGCUGUGGGACCCAGUGCCCGAACCCUCAGAGCCUCAGCUCGGGCCCCCUGGCCCAGAAACAGAACGGCCUCCGGACCGCAGAGGCUAAAAGGGACACUAAGCGGACGUCUGCAAAAGAAGUCACCAUUAAUGUCGCAGAGAGCAUCCGACAGGUGGACAGAGGUCGAAGAAUCACAAAGAACUGCAUCAACUAG